GUUUUCGCUUACAGGAACAGGGAAGGACACUUGAGCAAUGAAACGAAAACGAAAGUACUGACACCCCAAACACACACACACACACACACACACACACACAACCUGGAGAGGAGUCGGCAGGAGCACCAACAGCAGAAAAAAAGAAAUGUCGAUUGAUUUCUUCGGUUGGGAAGUGGAGUACGAUGAGGACCGCCAGCUCAGAGCAGAACAAGAGCCGAAAUCCGGCAGGUAUUACACCAUGUACCACGGCACCACAAUCCAAUCGGCUCGCAAUAUCAUCCAAAAUGGCUUUAAGCAAUCCUCGGGUGGGAUGUUGGGGCCUGGGGUUUACGUGAGCCGCAACCAGAAGAAGGCCGAACGCUACCCACUGAACUCCACUUAUGUAGACCGUGUGGUUCUGAAACUGAGGGUCGAUUGUGGAAAAGUCAAGAAAAUCGACAAGGACAAUCACCCUAUGCAGAAGACAUGGCACAGCAAUGGGUACGACACGGCAUGGGUACCACCCAAGUGCGGCAUGAAGGCCGUUCCCAGUGGCAUGGAGGAGGACUGCGUGUGGGACCCCAAGCGCAUCGAAGUGACCGAUGUCAUGCUGGCGCCCAAUGCAACCAUUUUAAAUGAACUCAAGCAAUUGGUUGAACGGAAAUCUCCACAAGCCGCUAGCACCAACCCGCAAGUGUGCCAGCUGUGCAAGUGGAAAAUAGUUCCAGCGCAUAGCGUCCAGACCUGCUGGGGCUGCGGGGAAACCGUCUGCACUUUAAUGACCAAACACAAGUGCAGGUACUGGCACAACUGAUAUAUUCGUUUGUUCAUUUAUUCAUCUGCAUCAUCCCACUCAGGGACUUUGUGGAUCAGCAGCACUGAUGCAUAUACACCAGUCCAUUAAGAACAAUUCCUCCUAUUAUUUGUGCCACUUUUCCAUGACCCCAAUGGAAUACAUGCCAUUGAUUUGCCAUUGUUACAAGGUGAAUAUUACUACCAAAUAAGGGAAGCAUACUCAUUGGUGACAUUUUGCCAAAGAAAAAGGUAUGGUCAGAAGAAGAGGGUGGUAGUAGGUGGGGGGUGUCACCUAUUUGUGAUUCAGCUAUCUUGCCUAUUAGCUUUAUAAUGCUCAAUGAUAAUCAAUCAUUCGUGAUUUUUCUCACUCGUUAUCCACUGCCUUGUAGCAAAAAUGUGCGAUUGACGACUUUUUUGCAAAUCGCUGUAUAUCUGUAUAUUUAAUCUUUUUAGUGAUGCGGCUUCAUUUCUUACUCAGAAAUUUGCUUGUAUGUAAACAACAUGGUCGCAUCAAAUCUUUCACCCUUUACUAUAUAUUUUGCGCCGGUGUUGGAAAGGUUUAGGCUUUCAGGUUACUUUCUGCCUACAUUCUAUUCUACAUCAAGGCCUCAUCAUCACACAUGCCUACUGUGAAGUUCACGAAAUCUUAACAUUCAUAAUUGAUUGGGAGAAAAUGGCUUCCGCUUUUAUUAAAUAUAAUAGCUUAGAUAUGUAUUUUGCUCUAUAUAUUUGGGGUAAACAGGGACGCUUCCCUUUAUAGUUAGCAAAAUAUCUUAACGAAUUCAUUUCAUUCGUUCGUUUCCUGCCACUGUGUGUAAAAGCGACUUUCUAAUGGUCACAAAUCUGGGGUCGUUUUCGUAAAUGUGUCACAUGACUUACAAAUUAUGCAGUCAGGGCUGAGUUUACAUGACUUUUUUUGUUUUAGCUCCGCCCACUCGAAAUCCCGAUUCCUUCGGAUCGCAGGACGAAGUUUGCAAGGUUUUGACCGUGAAUUGGAAAUGAAACCGAUUUCUACACACCACGAUGUAGCGCAUUAAAAAGUCGCGUCAUGAAUUGACGCUAACAAACAGCUCAAAUACUGACAUUUUUUUUCUAUGGUUUACACCGUAAUAGUAACUGCAUUACGUACGGCAAUAAAAAAAACACAGUCCUCAGCUGUCGAUGUUCGACUCUUAUGCGACUUUCGCUCCCAAUUCUUUCAUUAUCCUCUGUCGCAAUGCCCUACCUACCCCGAAUGUUUGCAUUUAUUUAUAACUGCAGUAUACAGUGGUGCUUGAAAGUUUGUGAACCCUGUCGAAUUUCCUAUAUUUCCUCAUAAACAUAAUACGUUUUCUAUAUAGGCGCCUUACAUGACAAUCAAGGACUUCUUAAAAAAAAGCUUGCCUGUCUGAAGAUGUGUUUUCAAAUGAGUUGCUGUUUCAAGGGGCAGCGUAGCUAAAAGCUCGAGAUCCCAUAGUUGCCAAACGCAUGCGUGGAAGAACUAGAUUGGAUGAGGAUGUUGAUCUAAGAGUUUGAGAAGGACAUCAUAAAGAUCACCACUUUGCUCAAUAAAACCUAAGUAAAUCAAGAGAGACCAAUUUAACAAAUAUAACAAACUUAUACUUGGUGAUUAAGAAAUAAACGACCCAAUAUUUCAUAUCUGUAAGAUCUCUAGGUUUAGCAGGUCAACUGAAGGUGAAAUUAUGUAGUCCACCAUAACAUUUGUGUUUCAUUUGUUUAAUCUGUGUCUACUUUAGGACUUUAGGUGGUGAACACUGUGAUGUGAUGAUGUUCUUGGUUAUAUUUAUGCAAAAAUUGGGACAAUUAUUUAUAGGGUUUAAAAACUUUUUGUAAAUAGGGAUCCUAAGUAGUCAGAUUUGGAUUAUGGACACGUUUGUAAAAUUUACGAUUCUGGCAGCGGAAUUGUGAUUCGUCUCAUUAUCUCGUUCUUGCAUUUACCUGCCUAUAAUAAUUUUUUUACAAGACACAAUACCGAACAAUAUUUCUACGUAUUACUCUUUAAGAGAGUCACAAAAAUAAAAAAAUUUUAAACUCAGGUUCAUUAGAAACUGCACGUACCUCUAUAAUACCUCUAUUGCACAUUAUUCUUGAAAAAAAGUUGAUAUCUAUGCAAUCUUGUUUGUUCUUAUAUAUUGUUUACACAAUAUGGCUGUAAGACUUGAACUGAAAGGAGGCAUAAUGGAAGUAUUAUAUUUUCCUACUCCAUCUGUCCAGUUUACUGCCAUCAAAUGCCUUCGCCAUGAAAUAGUGAUAAUUGAAUAAUCGGAUAUUGACAAUCUCGUAAUUUAGUUUUUGAAGCUCCUAUGUAUCGAUUGGGUUUUUCUAUUCGGGGGUGUUGUUGAAAUAAAAGAAAUGUUAAACCAA